AAAGAGUCGCUCCCGAUUUCUCAAGGCAGAGACUGAGAGCUUCCCUUCCCUUUCUCUCUCUACCCAUCUCUCUCUCUCUCUCUCUCUCUCUGCGAUUGAGAAGGCGAAAUGGACAUCAGCGAAGAAGUUAGGGCUGCUCACAAGCGUGAGCUCAUGGCCUUCCUCGAAGAUGGCCUUUACAUGGACGAGAUCAAGGCCAUGAUCAACCACAAGCGCCGCCGCCUCAUUGUCAACAUUUCCGAUCUCCAUGCUUUUGGCGACUUCGGUCCCAGGAUUCUUAGGAAUCCAAGUGAGUACAUGCAAGCGUUCUGCGAUGCCGCCACGGAAGUAGCUAACAAAAUCGACGGAAAGUAUUUGAAGCAAGGGGAGCAGGUUCUCGUAGGAUUUGAAGGCCCUUUUGUUUCUCGCCGUGUCACUCCAAGGGAACUGCUCUCUGAGUUCAUAGGCUCCAUGGUCUGCGUCGAGGGCAUUAUUACCAAAUGUUCUCUCGUAAGACCAAAAGUUGUUAAAAGUGUCCACUUCUGUCCUACAACCGGAAACUUCACCACUCGCGAAUACCGUGACAUUACUUCCAAUAUGGGUUUGCCCACAGGAACUGUUUAUCCUACCAGGGAUGACAAUGGCAACUUACUGGUGACUGAGUUUGGAUUGUGCAAGUACAAGGACCAUCAAACCUUGUCAAUGCAAGAAGUUCCGGAAAAUUCUGCUCCUGGUCAGCUGCCACGAACCGUGGAUGUCAUAGUUGAAGAUGACCUGGUUGAUUCAUGCAAACCGGGAGACCGACUGGCCAUUGUUGGGAUAUACAAAGCGCUUCCUGGUCAAAGCAAGGGCAGUGUGAAUGGAGUGUUCAGGACUGUUCUCAUAGCUAACAAUGUUUCUCUGCUCAACAAAGAGGCAAAUGCACCAAUCUACAGCCCUGAAGACUUAAAGAACAUCAAGAAAAUUGCUGAGAGAGAAGAUACAUUUGAUCUACUGGGUAAUUCACUUGCACCAUCUAUAUAUGGGCAUUCAUGGAUAAAGAAAGCAGUGAUACUAUUAAUGCUUGGUGGAGUUGAAAAGAACUUAAAGAAUGGCACCCACUUGCGAGGUGACAUUAACAUGAUGAUGGUUGGUGAUCCUUCUGUUGCCAAGUCUCAACUUUUGAGGGCAAUUAUUAACAUUGCUCCAUUGGCAAUAUCAACCACUGGUCGUGGUUCUUCUGGUGUUGGUUUGACAGCUGCUGUUACUACAGAUCAAGAAACAGGAGAUAGAAGGCUUGAAGCCGGUGCAAUGGUUAUUGCUGAUCGUGGUGUUGUUUGCAUUGAUGAAUUUGAUAAGAUGAAUGAUCAAGAUCGUGUUGCUAUCCACGAGGUUAUGGAGCAGCAAACUGUAACUAUUGCUAAAGCUGGUAUCCAUGCAUCACUCAAUGCUCGAUGCAGCGUGGUGGCUGCUGCAAAUCCUAUAUACGGAACUUACGACCGAUCAUUGACUCCGACAAAAAAUAUUGGACUUCCAGACUCUUUACUUUCUCGUUUUGAUUUACUGUUUAUCGUACUGGAUCAAAUGGAUGCUGAUAUUGACCGCCACAUUUCGGAGCAUGUUUUACGUAUGCAUCGGUUUCGUUCCACAAUUGAUGGAGGUGAAGCAACCCUUAAUGGGAGUUCAAGAUACGGGAGAGAAGAUGAAGCUGAUAAUGAAUCAUCCGUGUUUGUGAAAUAUAACCGAAUGCUCCAUGGAAAGAAAACAGAUAGGGGUCGAAAGCGUGAUACGCUCACUAUUAAGUUCCUCAAAAAGUAUAUUCAUUAUGCAAAGCACAGAAUUCAGCCUGAACUUACUGAUGAGGCAUCUGAACACAUUGCAACGGCAUAUGCAGAACUUAGAAACGCUAGUUCAAAUACAAAGACUGGAGGUACACUUCCUUUUACUGCCAGAACCUUAGAAACCAUUAUUCGUCUCUCAACUGCUCAUGCCAAAUUAAAGUUAAGCAGGAAGGUUUCAAAGUCUGAUGUCGAAGAGGCAUUGAAAGUUCUAAAUUUUGCAAUAUAUCACAAAGAACUGACUGAGAUGGAUGAGCGUGAGCAAGAAAGGGAGAGAGAAUUGGAGAGCAAACGCAGGGCCGAGGGUCGUUCAGAUGAAAAUGGUAGACCCGCCACUGGUACAGCUGAUAUAGGCGGUUCAACAACUGAUCCCAUGGAAGUCGAUGACCCUCCAGCGCAAUCUGCUGCUGAUCUUUCUCAUGAGAGAAUAGAAGCAUUCAAUUCUUUAUUUGGCCAGCAUAUGCUGAACAACCGAUUGGAUAUCAUAUCCAUUCAGGAUGUAGAGGAGGCUGUCAACUCCAAGGCUGAUGUCCCCUUCUCAAGGGCAGAGAUAACAUUCCUAUUAGAGAAACUGCAAGAUGCUAACAGAGUGAUGGUAGUUGACGGAACGGUGCAUAUGAUAUCUUGAGGUAUCUAUAAGAAGACCAUUUUCAAUGGCUAAACCCGGUUGGCUAUAGUUGUAUGUAUCGCCAAACUGUUCUCCGCUAUGCAUACAUGGCUGAGAUGACCGGUUGUCAGGGAGAGCAUAAUUUGGUGGCAUAACUGAUGAUUAUGGAGGAGAAACAUUUAUUUAGUUCUGGAUAAGCUCGGUGUGGACAUUAAACCUUAGGACUUGUAACUGGAAGCAUAGUUGCAAUAUUUAACCUUUGUGUCCUUCCAACUGCCA